CACCGGGAUAGUAUCCGACAACUGACUUACACAACCGGCACGCCUUCCAUCUACUUCUAGACGCCCAAGUCAGCUCCAUCUCCUUCAAUAAUGGCCGAGCACCCUUCCUUCACCCUCGCUGGUCUACUCGCCGUCGGCGGCACCGCCGGCUACGUCCGGACGCGCUCGCUGCCGUCUCUCAUUGCUGGCGUCGGCCUGGGUGCCUGCUUCGGCUAUGCAGGCUACCUCCUCAAGAACAACAAGGACAACGGCGCCGAGCUCGCCCUCGGCAGCAGCGUGCUCCUCACCGGCUCUGCCAUCCCGCGCGUCAUCAAGACGGGCGCCCGGGCCCCCGUGCCGCUGGGCCUGCUCGCCACGGGCAGUCUCGCGACCUUCUACUACCAGAAGAAGUUCCGCGAGUUCAAGUACGGCGUCUAGUGCUGCCCCGUCGGAGUGAGUGCAGCAUCUACAACCGGGGUUCCCGGACUGAGGUCCAUGAUGCGUUAGGCGUUUGUCCCAGGGACAGUGUAUUACCAGAUGUACAACAAUAGAAAACUCCCAAUGCCCAAAACGCAAUACCAAUGAUGUGUCCCAGAUUGCGCUGGAUGAAUUGACUCCAACUUUUCAUCUCUGUCUCA